UUGCCGGACGUAGAGCGUCCAUUGGUGAACUGAGCGACUGAAGCGCAGAAUCCUGAGCACUGAGCCAUCUUUGAGCAGUCUCAGUCUCCUGUCCCUGUUCUAAUGCAUCAUAUGACUGAAGUGAACUCAGAGUUUUAUUAACAGACUGUUUGAUAAGGUUUAAUGAAGGACGUGAACAGGACCCUCCUGAAACCUGAUGUGUUAGGUUAACCCUCACCUGCAUCCUCCUCCCCAGGCUGUCUCUGCUCCGGUGCAGCUAUGGGCGGCUCUCUGCUCCUCCACCUGCUCCUCAUCGUGCUCUCAGCACGGGCUGCUGAGGGAGACCAGACCGGACCAGGUCCUGUCGAUGGAGCUCCUCCUUCUAAAAUAGCCAUUGUUGGAGCAGGAAUCGGAGGCAGCUCCACGGCCCAUUUCCUGCGGCAGCACUUCGGCCCUGAGGUCCAAGUGGACGUGUUCGAGAAGGGAGAGGUCGGAGGACGUCUCGCCACUGUAACCGUCAACCACCUUGACUACGAGUCCGGGGGCUCCAUCAUUCACUCCCUGAACCUCCACAUGCAGGAGUUUGUCAAACAGCUAGGUUUAAAGUACCGUCGCAACAUGGCGGGAAAGACGGCGGUGUUUAACGGCGAGGAGGUGAUUCUGGAGGAGACGGACUGGUACCUGCUGGACCUGUUCCGGUUGUGGUGGCGCUACGGCAUCAGCUUCAUCCGCCUGCAGAUGUGGGUGGAGGAAAUUAUGGAGAAAUUCAUGAGGAUCUAUAAGUACCAGGCUCACGGCUACGCAUUCAGCUCGGUGGAGAAAAUCCUGGACUCCCUCGGGGGGAGUGGCUUCAUCAACAUGACCCGGAGGCCGCUCUCUGAUUCGCUGCUGGAGCUCGGCGUGUCACAGCGCUUCAUCGACGAGGUCAUUGCGCCCGUCAUGAGGGUCAACUACGGACAGAACGUCAGCAUCCCGGCCUUUGUAGGAGCUGUGUCUUUAGCUGGUGCCCAGAACAACCUGUGGGCGGUGGAAGGAGGCAACAAGCUGGUUUGCUCAGGACUGCUGAAGAUGGCCAACGCUAACCUGCUUCAGGCGCAAGUCAACUCCAUCUCCCCGCUGUACUCAGGCGAGACGCCUCAGUACGAGCUGAACUACACCACAGUAGCAGGGACAGAGUCCGAGCUGUAUGACAUUGUGGUGCUGGCGACGCCGCUUCAGGCCAGCGUCAGGGCCGGAGUCCUGUUUCAAGGUUUCAACCCCCCCUUCGACGAGCUCCCCGGGAAUUACCACAGCACUGUAGCAACCAUCGUGCACGGUUAUCUCAACACCUCCUUCUUUGGUUUCCCGGACCCCCGUCUGUUCCCCUACGCCAGCGUUUUGACGACAGAGGCGCCGGAUCUGUUUUUCAACAGCGUGGCGAGCGUUUGUCCCGUCAACAUCUCCUCGGGCUUCAGGCGUAAACAGCCACAAGAGGCCGGAGUUUACAAAGUGUUCUCACCUCAACCUCUGGAGAAGAGUCAGCUCAAAGCUCUGUUCAGGUCGUACUACUCGGUUCAGGUGACGGAGUGGCAGGCCUACCCGUGUUACGGCAGCAGCCAGGGUCUGCCGCCUGUGGAGCUCCACCCAAACCUCUACUACCUCAACGGCAUCGAGUUGGCCGGCAGCGCCAUGGAGAUGAGCUCGGUGGCGGCGAAGAACAUCGCUCUGCUCGCCUAUCAUCGCUGGAACAGACAGACGGACAUGGUGGACCAGAAAGACCUGAUGCACAGGAUCAAAACUGAACUAUGACCUGGUCAAGAGAGUCAAAGAAUCAGGGUAAAUGUAGCUCUUAGCAUCACAACGCUGAUGUGCGCACAUCAUUGAGUCAUUUCCUGCUGCACGAAAUGUUUCAAUAGGAUGCUACAUUUUUAGAGCUUCACUCAUCCGAUGAUUAUUUAUCAGCACAAAAAAAAAAAAGACCGGAUGAGGAAAAAAGUUAAAUCAAAGAAGUUUAGAACUUAUUCAAACCCAGAGUGAAAGGCAUCAGAUUUGAUUCCACUCAUUGCUUCUUCAUACGCCAGUGAUUCUACAGAUAUAUGAAGCAUUUUGCAGUAAAGGUCAGGGAUUGACGCGAUCAGGUCAGCUGCAGGCGGCUUUCUUUGCCAAGACAGAAGGAAACCACAUCACCGUGGAGAACAGCAGCUUCACUGAGUCCUGUGUGGUGUGAGUGAAGUGAGAACCAGUCAGAAAGUCACUGCUGGUGCUCUGUGUAAAUAAAGUUAAAGCACGUCAUUGGAGCAUGAAUGAAUAACAGUCACUGAUUCAUCUUAAACCUGCUCAUGCUUUUUACCAUCUAAAGACUGAUAACUGUUGGAACUGCAGCACUGAGCUCUCUUUACUUAAUUUAUAGAAUAAUUCUCCAGUGACUCGCUGUCAUAGCCACUGGUGCUGCGCUCUGUUGCCCCUUUCAUCAGACUGUUUCAUUAUCUCCCCUUCCUGCUGCUUUUGUUGCGUAAUCCAGCGGAAAGGUUUUUUUUUUUUUUCUGGGGAAUGCAGCCAACAAGCUUUCACACUGGACCAAAUACAAGCAGAGGACAGAUCUAUGGAGCUGCUGCUGCUGCUGCUGGUGGUGAUACUUCCCUCCCCUCCCCUUCCCUCUAUGAAGCAUUAAAAACAUCCAGAAUUUGAUCUGCAGGCAUCUUAAAAAAGAACAUGAAGAUAGAGCUGAAUAUUUACAUCCAGAUGUGGAAAGUCCCCCCAAAAAAUGCGGCGUGAUGACAAAUGUACAAUCCAUUGACUGUGGAUUAUCUCAUUAGACUUUAAUAUUUUCCUUGUUGUGUCACUUUUAUCACCAAAAACAUCUAAUUUGAGCUCGAGGAGUUUGAACUGUAAUGUGGCUUCAGAUGAUGAAUGAUAAUAUUCAGAUUCAAGGUUCUCACUUGGUCAGAUAUUUGUAGCAAAGCUAGCUUUAGACAUUAAGGACACAAAACCAUAGACUGUAUAAUAAAUGGAUGUAGUAUCCGUGACGUCACCUAUCUUUUUCUGAAGCGCUGUUUUAAAGCCAAUCAUCGGCUGGUGCCAUAUUGGAAAUACUGAACCAAACUUCGUCCUAGCUAGUGUGAGGUAAAGAGGCGGGUCUUUAGCCUCUUUGCUAACAGCUACAGGGUGCCCGCCUGUCAAUCAAGUCAGCCAUGCCCUUAUUUUGGCAAAACUCUGAAGUUUAAUAUCUUUGAAAAUACCAAGUCAUAAAAAAAAUCAUUGUUUUUCACAAGAGUAAUUAGCUAUUCAGACUUAAAUCAUUUUAUAAACCAGGCUGAAAACAUGUUUAUUUUAAAGAUAAGCUCUUUGAAUUGGUGUGUAUGUGGUUUCCUGUGUUUCUGCAGCCAGCCUCUAGUGGACGCUCCAUGAACUGCAGUUUUUAGCACUUCCACAUGGGCUUCAUAUUUUGAGACCGCUUGCACAAAACAAUCCAAAUUCAUUUCUUUGACAAUUUCCAGCUGCAUUCCAAAGCCUUCAUCAUCAGAUUGAGACGGCUGAGUUCACAUAUAUUGACCUCCAGCACAUUUUUUGACUUCUGUCUGUGUUGGCGAAGAAGUUAAGGAGGAUAACUUGAGAGUGAUGAGGUUUCAAAUUCCUUUAAAGACUCGUAAGUGCUCCUUGAGUUAUGAUAGUUUUCAAGUACAAUGAUUUCCUCCUGUGUAUUUUUGAAGCCAAUGUUAAUAAAAAAAAAAAGUCCUUAAAGCGGGAAGUCUGUCACAGCCGAGCCAACUCCAGUUAUGAGUUCUGGAGAAAUAAAACAGUGAGGGAUGUUGAGUCAUGAUUAUGAAGCCAAGCCUUUGUUUUCAAGGUGGAAAUCAUCUGCAGUGUUUGAGCGUGUAGAUUAUUCAAACAGCAGGGCAGAGUAUUUGAAGAAAUGAAGCUGCAUUAGAAUAAACAGACUUCUAGAGGAAAUACUUUGAUCCUUGUGUAAAAAUACUCACAUAUAUAUGCAUGUAUGUAUGGGAUGCCAUUGGCCAAGCUGUCUAAGCACGCCCCAUACACAGAGGCUAUAGUCCUCGUUGCAGCAGUCACAGGCUCGACUCCCUGCCUCGACCAUUUGCUGCAUGUCUUCCCCCCGCUCUCUACUCCCCACAUCUCCUGCCUCUCUCCAGCUUUCUUAUUCAAUAAAGGCAAAAAUGCACAAAAAGAUAGCUUUAAGGAAGAAAAUAAAUUCUCCUAUAUUGCUAAAAGUCAUGAGUAAGAGCACAUACAGGUUUUUUAUUAACAAUGGUCACAUAGUGUAUCAAAGUAAAGAGACUUCUGCAAUAAAAUCACCGCCAUGAUUCGUAUUAUUAGAAGUUAAAUGAAGAGUUUUUAUUAUUCAUGCAGCAUCGUGCAGAGAUAGAAGAAUCUGUUUGAUUUUUGAAACUUCAUUCUCAUGUUUAAUUUAUUUUAAAUGACUGAAACCAACUUAAGAAAGAAAAUGUCAUAAUUUGAACUUCUAACUCAAAGGCAGAAGAGCUUCUGAGCCAUUCAGACUUCAGGCAACUGGAUUCAUUGUUUACUUUUUGAGGAACUUUUUGAGACUCUUGUUUUAUUUAUGUGUAACCUUUCAAUAAAAAUGAAGUAUUGUUGUUAGAUGAAUGCAACCAAAGCCCUAAAACAACAUGAUUAAAUACAUUUUAUUCUCUCUUGUUUUCUCGAGAUAAUGAGGAAAAUAAGUUGAGAUCUUGAGAAAACUGAAAUGUAUUUAAUCAUGUUCUUUAAGGGCUUCCGUACUAAACAUAGAAGAAGCACAUUUAUACAUAUGGUAACGAUUGUACAAUAAAUAAAUGGACGUAGUAUCGGUGACGUCACCCAUCUGUUUCUGAAGUUCUGUUUUGAAGCCGAUCGUCGGCGGGAGCCAUAUUGGAAAUGCUGAACUCAACCAAACGUCUGUUGAGUUAGUGUGAAGUAAAGAGGCGGGCUUUGAGCCUCCUAGCCAACAGCUACAGUGUUCCCGCCUGUCAAUCAACUCAGCUGUGCCUCAUAAUGGAAAACUUGUAAUCUUAAUAUCUUCUAAACUGCUGCAUUAUGAAAAAUAUUGGAACCUGUACAGUGUGUACCGAUAGAGAAAUGAGCUAUUUAGACUAAACUAAUAUUUUGUACCAGGUUGUAAACAUGUUUAUUUCUGCUGUAAAGAUCGUCUUCUUUUGAAUGGGUGUGUAUGUGGUUUCUGGUACUUCUGGAGCCAGCCUCUAGUGGACGCUCUAGGAACUGCAGUUUUAAACACUUGGCUUUAAUUCUCAUGGCUGAAGGUUGCCUCUUGAUGGUAACGAAGUGACUUCAGGUAAUACGAAAGGCCUGUCAUCAGUUUCUUUAAAUGUUUUGUUUUUUUUCACAAACAUUGUUUAAAAAUGUUGCCUCAGUAAAAAAUAAAAAUACAUUUUGUUACGAGACAUUUAUCUUAAAAGUUUAACGAUCAAAAACACCAAAGACAAGCUUCCGUAGAAUGCAGAUGAAGUGAGAAUAUUUCCCUCCUGACAUGAAGGGAUAAACUUUAUUCACUUUCUGAUCACUGCUGUUUGUUUCCUCUGAAGAAAGUCUGAGCUGAUGCAUUCCACUGAUAUAAAUAGGACAAAUGUGACUGUUCAUGUUCCUCCAGUGUAACUGUACAAAGGUUCAUUUCUGUCCAGUGCAUGUGUCAACUUAUUUCAUCUGCCUCUUAGAAUAAUUCAUCUGACAGAAUGUAUAAAUAAUCUGACUGUACUGUUCAUACAAUAAAAGCAUUGGACUGUUUGAAUUUUCAUA